AUGAAUAACAACACACAUGACUCUCUACAACCAUUUAAUUUCUCUAGGAAUUUCUUGGGACAACUUGGAGAUACACCUCAGUAUGGGCAUUCCACCCCGCUGGUUGAUGGAUUUGAAUCACCCCCAUUUCACUCAGCAAGCAUUUCGAGUGGUACAUCUUCGCACAGCUCCCUUUUCUCUCGAAGCAGCAGCCACUUGUCGCUGGACUCCAACAAUAGUAGUACAUAUAUGCGUCUUGAGAAUCAACUAGAGGAGUCCAAGCAGCACAUUCACGCACUUGAGCAACAGAACCAUCAAUUAGCACGGGAUAGAGAAUUCCUUGCAGCAAAACUAGACACAUUACAAGGCUCAUUUAUCACCCUUUCGAACUCCCUUGGAUGCAAUCCUCAAGAUCCACCAACAAUUCCUGCACUAGAUGAUGUCGAUAAAGAACUCAGUCCUGCGAAUUUCCCCUCCAUCAAAUUUUGGACUCGGUCAAAAUGGUCACAGCACCUCCAUGCUGAAAAGAGUGUUACCAAGCUUGGCUUAUCCGCAAGCACGUGUGGAUCAUCCAGACUUGCCAAGGGUGAAAAUGUAGCCUGUCUAUACAUCAAAGGCGCUGAUGGGGUGCCUGUUGACGGAAAUUUAAAGCUUCCCUCUGGAUGGUCGCAAGUGGCACUCGAUGUCAAACAAACAUUCUACCAUACCAUCCGGUUGAAUUUUGUCGAGUUUCGGUACUGUUCGGACAACUGGAAAGCAGAUCUUCUCGCGACACACAACUACUUGCAGUGGUACAAGUAUCAUAUCACUAAUGGCAAGAAGCACACAAAUACAGACUCAUCAUCAUCACACAGCAAGAAGCAAAAAGUCAAGGAGAUUCCACUUGAGGAUGAAGAACUCGAGUAUGUGGACAGCCCCACCAGUACUACCUCAGAGCUCCCCAUUGUGUCUACCAUGCCCGUCAAGCCUGAUGUGACAUCCGUCGUCUUCAACACCCCCACCAUCCCUAUCCUUGCUACUUCAGAGCUCCCCAUCGAGUCUACCUGGGCCAUGCCCGUCGAGCCUAAUGUGAUCUCCGUCAUCUUCGACACCCCCACCAUCCCUAUCACUGCUACAAACCCUACCUCUCUCGACAACCUCAUAGAUCCUGUGUUGAAAGUGAUUAGUAAUCACAGCUCCAGUGAUCUGCUUGCAGUGAGUGACGCUGUCGCAAAGACUACAGCAGUGGCUGAUCCAGCCAUUGCCAAUCCCACUCACAUCAACACACCCGAGGUCCCACCAGCUUCCUUUGUUCCUCAGGUGAAGAAUCCUCUUAGACUCAACUCUAGAGUAGCGGGUGUUUCAGGCACCUUCCGACAGACACCUUCGAGCUCAUCGACACCAUCAAUUCCUGCAACACCUAUUCCUAUUCCUGCGAUACCUUCUAUUCCCGCAACAUUACCGACACUGCCCAUCAUUCCUGUCACUGCAGAGACUCCUGCGCCCCCCACCACCAACGCAAAAUCAAAACCAAAGCCUCAUCCGGUCAAAUUGAAGACUCCCGCAGUGCCAAAAGCUCCGAACGCGCCAAACAAAGCCAAGGCAAUGCAUAUCCAGAAGACAAUCAAUGCAUGGAACCUUUGCGCAGCCGCAUGGAAAGCUGCCGGCAAUCUACUGGGAACAGCCAAACAAUUUAAAGGAUACUGGGAACAACUUCCCACUGUGACAAUCAUACCAGCGCUAGGCACGUAUGAGUGUCAUAGGCAUAUUUUGACUUGCCUAGAGGAAAAGAGUAAGGCACUAGUCAUCAGCGCUAUUCAGCUCCCAAGCUAUCCGCUUUGGAACCGCUUUUCUCCCAUAGCGCGCUACCCGGUCCGAUGUCUAGGUAUUCCGCCCUCCCAUGUCCUGCCUACGUCCACCUACCUCUGCUGGUGCAUUAUUUUUCCUUAA